AUGAUUUUCGAGCUACUGCUUAUUGGACUAGCGACAAGUGCUUUAUAUUAUUUGAUUUUUGCUUACAAACGAGCGAACUAUUGGAGAUCUCAGGGAGUGCCUGGCCCAAAGAAUCCACUAUUUUUCGGUCUCUAUGAUCAAGUUUACAACGCGAACAAGCCAUGGAUGAUGGAAAUGGAGAAAAUGACAAAGGAAUACGGCAAAAUUUGGGGUCACAACGAAGGUGUGCACCGGGUUCUCGUCGUCGCUGAUCCAAAAGUCGCUCACGAGAUUUAUCACACAAGACACGAGGAGUUUCAAACAAGAAGAGGUAAUCACCUCCUUCACAUGAAUCGAUACGAGCCAGUGAUGCAUUUGUUGGACGCACGAGGGACUAGAUGGAAGCGAAUGCGCUCAAUCUCGAACCCUCUCUUCACGAAUAACUCGCUGAGAAAGAUGAUGGAUUUGGUUGGAGAUUCUUCAGAGCAUCUCAUCAAACAUUUAUCAAAGCACGUCGGGAAAGAAGCAUUCAAUAUUCACAGAUAUUACCAAGAAUUCUCAAUGGACGUGAUCAACCGGUUGGCGUUGGGUGAGAAGAGGAGUACCCAAUUUGAGACAGAGCUCGUUGAUAUCAUGAAAAGAAUUUUCGAGCGAGACAUGCGAGAGCCUUUCAUCUGUUUAGCUGUGAUGUUCCCUCGUUUUCGAAUGCUUUUUCGUCGCGGUUUCGAGCUCUACUAUCUAAUGAAAGGCGGCAGUGGGAUGAAAUUGAUGAAAAAAGUCGUCACAGCGGUUGAGGGGAGACGAAAAGCAAGGGCGGCCGGCGAGGUGACACCUGGCGACUUCAUUGACAUGUUUUUGGAUGCCGAACAAGAAGACUUUAAUCUCGAUUACGAUAAAGCGUUUGAUCGACGGGAUAUCGGGCAUUUACAAAGAGCGCUCACAAAAGAAGAAGCAAUCGGAAGUUGUUUUAUGUUUUUGUUGGCAGGCUUUGACACCACAGCCAAUUCCCUUGGAUACGCCACGCACUAUUUGGCAAGAAAUCCAGAAAUACGAGAACGUUUGAGAGACGAAAUAAAAGGAGUUAUUGGAGAUGCGACUCUGAAAUUUGACGAUUUACCUCAAAUGAAGUAUCUUGAUUGUUUCGUGAAAGAAUCACUGAGAUUUCAUCCAGUUGCAAAUCAAGUGUCAGCUCGUGUCGUCGAGAAAGACUGUGAUCUUGCUGGGGUUCACCUCGAAAAGGGGACGUUGAUUCAGAUUGAUGGCUAUUCAAUGCAAAAAGAUCCAGAGGUUUGGGGCGACGACGCGGAGGAGUUCAAUCCCGAUAGAUGGAUGAACACUACAGCCGAGCAAUCGCAAGCUUUUGUCGCUUUCGGGCAAGGGCCGAGGAUGUGCGUGGGUCAACGCCUUGGUCUGACUGAAAUGAAAAUGGGGAUUGCUAAAGUUUUGUUGAAUUUCGAUGUGAUAGCACCGGAGAAUGCUGAUAAUGAGAUCCAUCGAAUUGGUGCUGUGACGGUGGCGCCGAUAACUGUUGAUGUCUGUUUGAAAGCGAUUCAUGCA